AUGGCGUCUGCUGGUCUGAGGAAGGAGCUUGAAUGUUCUGUCUGCUUGAAUGUUUAUACAGAUCCCGUAACUCUGAGAUGUGGACACAACUUCUGCCGGGUCUGUAUUGAUCGUGUGCUGGAUACACAGGUGAGAUCUGGAGGUUAUUCCUGUCCUGAAUGUAGACAGGAGUUUUAUGAUCGGCCUGCACUGCAGAGGAACAUAACACUGUGUAACAUAGUGGAGAAUUUCCUGUCUGCUCAGCCAGAUCUGGAAGAGUCCGGAGUCCACUGUACUUAUUGUUUUAAUGCUCAUGUACCUGCUAUUAGAUCCUGUGUGCUCUGUGAAGCCUCUCUGUGUGAAAAUCACCUGAGUGUCCACAGCAACUCACCAGAACACAUCCUAUGUGACCCCACCACUUCCCUGCAGAACAGGAAAUGCUCCAUCCACAGGAAGAUCCUGGAAUAUUACUGCACCGAGGACUCUGCCUGUAUCUGUGUGUCCUGCUGUCUCAUUGGAAAACACAAAGGACAUCAAAUGGAAUCACUGGAUGUGGCUUAUGGGGAAAAGAAAAAGAAACUGAGAAAUAUUCUGCAGAAACUGAUGGUAAAGAAAGAGGAGACAGAGAAGAGCAUUCAGAGUUUGCUGGAACGUAGGCAAAAAGUACAGAAAAAAGGGCAUUUUGAAGCAGAGAUAAUCGCUGCCCUGUUUAGAGACCUCAGGAGACAGCUGGAAGACUUGGAGAAAAGAGUCCAGUUGGAGAUCUCCAGGCAGGCAGAGCUGGUCCUAUUAUCGGUGUCUGACUUGAUCCAAAUCCUGGAAAUAAAGAAGGACGAACUGUCCAGGAAGAUGCAUCACAUUGAGGAGCUGUGUAACACGACGGAUCCAUUGACCGUCCUACAGAAAUCAGACACAGGUGACUUGUGUGAUACUGAGGAUGGAGACAGAGAUAGACACACUAAGCUUCUCCAUGAUGGAGGGGAUCUGGAUGUAUUUCGGAUCUCACACACAUUAGACACCGGGUUAUCUGAUAUAAUAUCAGUUAUAAAUGGGGGGAUCUAUAUACCAAAAGCUGUAGAUAUAUUAUUAGAUGUAAACUCAGCUCAUCCUCGUCUAUCUAUAACAGAUGAUCUAAAAUGUGCAUGUGGACUAGAAGAUUUUGAAGUCUAUCCACAAUCACCACAGAGGUUUGAAAGUUUUCAAGUGUUAAGCAAUCAGAGUUUCUCCUCAGGACGACAUUACUUGGAAAUGGACCUUCAAGGAGAAUAUUGGACUGUCGGGGUGUGUUACCCCAGUAUAGACAGGAAAGGACCUCAGUCAUCCCUUGGAAAUAAUAACAAAUCUUGGUGUUUGAGCAUGUGUUAUGAUGAGGAGGAUGAUGAUAAUGAGUAUUUGGUGUCGCAUGACAGUAAAUCAAUUAUAUUACCUGUCAAGAUCUCUGUUAAAAAAAUCAGAAUAUAUCUAGAUUACGAGGUGGGUCAGCUCUCUUUUUAUGCCAUGUGUGACUCAAUCCGCCACCUCCACACCUUUAUUGCCACUUUUACUGAGCCCCUCCAUAUUGCAUUGGGAGUGCAGGAUGGCAGUAUACGAAUUAGUAGUGGAGAAUCAGGGGAGGCAAGGAGCAAUUAA